ACUGAGAGAACUCUGACCCUUAACUCCCUCUUCCAAUCUUUUUUUCCUCCCUUUUUCUUCUCUUUUCAAAACCUAGGGUUUCUUUUCCUCGCAAGUUGAAGAUCGUGAUUGGAGUUUGGAGCUUUGGCUUCUAGUUCAAGAAUGUCGUACAAGGCGAAGAAGCUCAUCAACGAUCCCAAUGCUGUGGUGACUGAGUUCAUUGAAGGUCUUGUUGAAACUUAUCCUGGCCUGCAGUAUUUGGAUGGAUUCCCACAGAUUAAGGUUGUUUUGCGAGCAGAUGUUUCCGGGGAGACUUAUGACAAGGUUGCAGUUAUUUCAGGGGGCGGUAGUGGUCAUGAACCUGCACAUGCUGGAUUUGUUGGUGAAGGAAUGCUGACUGCUGCUAUUUGUGGGGAUGUUUUCACUUCUCCUCCAGUCGAUUCUAUCUUAGCUGGUAUCCGAGCUGUGACUGGUCCUAUGGGAUGCCUUCUAAUUGUCAAGAAUUAUACAGGUGAUAGACUUAAUUUUGGUUUAGCAGCAGAGCAAGCGAAAUCUGAAGGCUAUAAAAUUGAGAUGGUUAUUGUUGGAGAUGACUGUGCUCUCCCACCACCUAGAGGCAUAGCUGGCCGUAGAGGUCUAGCUGGAACUAUUUUCGUCCACAAGGUUGCUGGAUCAGCUGCUGCUUCUGGUUUGUCUCUAGCUGAAGUUGCUGCAGAAGCAAAACAUGCAUCUGAAUGGGUGGGAACAAUGGGUGUAGCCUUGUCAGUUUGUACGCUUCCUGGGGAGAUUCCAUCAGAUCGUUUAGGCCCACAAGCGAUGGAGCUUGGUCUUGGAAUUCAUGGGGAGCCUGGUGCAGCUAUCUCUGAAGUUCCGCCUGUUGAUAUAGUGGUCUCUCAUGUUCUCAAGCAAAUAUUGUCUACGGAAACUCAAUAUGUUCCAAUCAACAGGGGAAGUAGAGUUGUUCUGAUGAUUAAUGGCCUGGGUGCCACUCCAUUAAUGGAGCUAAUGAUUGCAGCAGGAAAGGCGGUUCCACAGUUACAACUGGAACAUGGGCUUGCAGUUGAUAGAGUUUAUACUGGAUCCUUUAUGACGUCCCUUGACAUGGCAGGGUUCUCAAUUUCUGUUAUGAAGGUGGACCCUGCCAUGUUGAUGCGUUUGGAUGCCCCCACAAAAGCUCCAUCCUGGCCAGUUGGUGCUGAAGGGGAUCGCCCACCAGCUAAAAUUCCAGUUUCGGUGCCAGCAUCUCGGUCAAAAAUAAUUGCGGAGGUUGAUGCAUUUAACAAUCUGAAAGAGUUGAAUGAACAAGGCUCCACCUUAGAGUGCGCCAUUGAAGCAGCUGCAAAUGAGAUCAUUAAUCUAAAGGAAAAGCUGAACGAUUGGGACAGUAAAGUUGGUGAUGGUGACUGUGGGUCUACUAUGUUUAGAGGUGCAACUGCUGUUCUAGAGGACAUGAGGAAAUGUUACCCUCUAAAUGAUGCGGCAGAAACAGUCAAUGAGAUUGGCGCCACAAUUGGAAGGGUGAUGGGAGGGACAAGUGGCAUCUUAUAUGUUAUAUUCUGCAAGGCAGCAUAUGCAAGCUUGAAAGCAAGUCCACUAAUUACUUCAAUGCAAUGGGCAAAGGCUCUUGAGUCAUCUAUUGCUGCAGUUAGCAAAUAUGGAGGUGCUGCUGCUGGUUUUCGCACAAUGUUGGAUGCUUUUAUUCCAGCAUCUGCUGUUCUGAAAGAGAGAAUUGAUGCUGGGGAUGAUCCUGUGACUGCUUUUCUUCUCUCUUCAGAAGCUGCACUCAGUGGGGCGGAGUCUACAAAACAUAUGCAAGCACAAGCUGGCCGAUCAUCCUAUGUCUCACCUGAUAUGCUAGCUUCUGUACCCGACCCUGGAGCCAUGGCAGCUGCAGCAUGGUACAGAGCAGCAGCGCUCGCCGUUGAGAAGAAGAUGCGGCAUUCAAAGAGCUAAGACAAUAUUACCUAGAAGAUUGCGAGCUCUGUGCUUGACAUAGAUUUUUAUCUAUCAGCAUUUCUUUUUGAAGUUUUCAUCACCCUUUUAGCUCAUUUUGUUUUCCGCUUGUGCCUGUGCAUGAGCUGAGAAGGCUGAGUAUAUUGUUCAUUUUCUUGGUAACAUCGUAACAAACCAUAUUAUAAAAUGAAGAAGAUCUGACACGGUAUAAUAAAAAAAAUUCAAGUAUAUUUCUAUGUU